CCACCUGACCAGGAAGAAGCUGUCAGUUGGACCACGCCUCCUCUGCCGAUGGCGUGUUUGGAGCAACCUGUCUGCCUCUAUUUACACGUGUAGCCAAACCUGCUGCUGUGUCUCUGUCUGUUUAGUUUGGUUUCAGCCAUGUCUGUAGUCAGAACGAGUUUAAGACUGUUUGUGUUCGCCUCAGUCACCGUCCUGGCCGUGCUGCUGUUGCGGCAUUGGAUGGCCACCAAGAACUACGUUUUCAACAAAGAAGACGUCGCCAAAUUGGCCAAACAGUACGCAGGACAGGACCAUGAGCAGGCCUUCUCCAAAGUGGUGGUGGAGCUCAGGAAGAGGUAUCCUGGCCACAUCCUGCCAGACGAGGACCUGCAGUGGGUGUUUGUGAACGCCGGAGGUUGGAUGGGCUCCAUGUGUCUCCUCCACGCCUCGCUCACAGAGUAUCUCCUGCUGUUUGGUACUGCAGUGGACACGGGAGGACACUCAGGUCGUUACUGGGCCGAGAUUUCUGACACCAUCAUAUCCGGCACCUUCAGACAGUGGAAGGAGGGGACAACCAAAAGUGAAAUAUACUAUCCUGGUGACACCAUCGUACAUGGUGAAGGCGAGGCCACGUCGGUCCAGUGGAGCGCCGGGACGUGGAUGGUGGAGUACGGCCGAGGUUUCAUCCCCUCCACGCUGGGAUUCGCUCUGGCAGACACCCUGUUCAGCACCCAGGACUUCCUCACAAUGUUCUACACCGUACGUGUCUAUGUCAAGGGUCUGCUGCUCGAGGCCGGUACACUACUUACAGAGGCCGGAGUUUUCUGAGGCACUUUGGAGGCUUGGAUGCCCGCACAGGGACAGUAAAAUCAAAAGUUCGCCUUGUCAUCACACACCAUUUUGCCCCUGAACACUAACAUCUAGCAUGGGGAAAAAUAUGUGCCAGAUCAUUUCAAGUUCAAAUAUUUUUUACCUGCAAUCUAAAUUAGCAUCAGACAGUUGAUCCCAUCUACAUUCAAGUUUCUUAUGUACAAAGGAAAGUGUUUUGAGUCCUGUUCCCUUUUCCCUGUGACAUCAAACUGCAUCAACAUCAGCGCAACACUUACCACUGAUUUAAAGGCUGUACCACUCACCAAAAUCAGUAACACCACUCACCGAAAUCGGUAACACUCAAGAACAUGUCAUUCUGAAUCAAGCCCUAGCCUGUUGCCCAGAGUCCCUCAGUGAUACUCAGUGUCUUAUUCUGCACAAUAAGUGUUCCUCUGAGAGAUCAAACUUCCUAUCUAGUCAGUGAAGUCUUCAGUACCCAUAAAAAAACAUGUCAUCCAUAUUUUUUAGGAUCUGGCUUAAAGAAUCGAGCCCCAAAGACUUUUCCUACUCUUGCCAAAUCUGAGAUUCUCCUGGAAAUAAUAAGGCAAUAUUUGUAAACAAGCUUUUGAGUAUUAACCCUUUAACAUCCAACCACUUUAAAAUAAGUAUUGAUCAUAAAAUGCUGUGAUAUGAAAAUAUGGUUGUUGACUGUCAAAUUUGGGGACCAUGGAAUUACUUUUAAAACAAAUAUGCAAUGCUUAAUUUGGCUUGCAAAACAAACAAAAUAAUAUAUAAUGCAAAGCCACUAUUUUCUUAGUGAAUAGCCAUUUCAUAUUUAUAUGCAUGUGGAUUCUCAGUAUUGAGGGUCUUUAUGAAGAUCUAACUUAAACCAAUCACAGAGACCAAUGUCAACAAGCGCGUUUGCUCCAAAGAUCAAGCCUCUCUUGACAUUUGGCUCCAUUUCCUCAUUCACAAUCAAUGAUCUCUUUGAACUAUAUAUUUUUUGAAAAUGUUGAAAACCUGAGGGGAUAUGUUGAAGAAAACUGCCUGGGUGGAGUGUGUGUGUGUGUGUGUGUGCGUGUGUGCGCGUAAUGUCCCAGUGGCUCAGUAUGCGUCAUAGUCAGAUCCAUACCAGCUCAGAGACAGCAGUGUUUUAAUGAUUAGUUACUCUGGCGUGGUGUGUGCUUGACUACUUCAGAGCAACUGUGCAGCAACAGAUUUCAAUUUUAAUGAAGCAAUGUUCACAUUUCAUUUUUUUUUUUUUUUUGACUACCCUAACUUUUUUAGGCCUAAUGGAUCAGGGUUCACUCCUUUUGUCUCUCAAAACUUUGGUUUAUCCAUGAAAUUGAAUCACAUUUGUAGCCUUAUUAUUUAUUCUUUUCAGGUUUACACCGUACAUACUGUAUGGUGCUGUCAAACACCAACAGAUAUGUCUUUGGAGACAUUUGGCAGCCCUUUUUAGAAUGGAAAAAACAGCUGUUCUGUACUUUAAAUCUCUGCCAUGUUAUACUGUAAUUAUACACGUUUCAUUCAUACAUUUAAUGGGAUGGACUGAAUUUGUAAAAGGUGACUUCAUUCAGAAACUGUAUCUGAAAUUUUCAGAUCCAAGUUUUAUGAGCUUAAAUGAAAAUGUAACUAGAGAUAAACUUGAAUAAUUUUGUGCUCUGACCAAGUGAGACUACUUGGCUACCUUGUCCUCAGCCUCUGUUCAUUGUCUGGAACCUUGCACUAGCCCAACAGGGCAAAAACUAAACAGUAACCACAGUCUUCGUCCUCAAUACAUUGUAAUAUAAUACUGAGCAGAAAUGGUAGAAAAUCAAAGUCUUUUGAAAAUGUUUGUGUAUUUCACCUGGAACUGUACUGUACAAGCAAAUCUCUGCUGCUGAAACCACCAUCUCCCAGUAUGUUCCUUUUCAGAUAAAACAGCCUUAUUUUCAGACUGAUACCUGAACCCAUCAGGUACCAUAUAGGGUUUCUGUGGGAGGGUAAUUAUACUGCAUAACUACCCAAAACUGGAGUUAUUUGGUUUAUGUACAGCAGCAUCAGUAGCAGUGUGGUCUCAUGGAUGGAUGGCAAAACAAGAAAACGUAUCACACUACCUUUAAAUGUUGAUGAGCGGAUGUGCAAUUUACUGUAGGGUAAAAAUUAAAACUGACAGUGCCAGAAGGAAAUAAAUGUUUUUGAAGAAAA